AUGGCAAGCAUCGAGUCUUUUUAUGGAAGCGUAGAGAACGAAUCAGACUGCCUUGUCUUGAUAGACUUGGCCAGAAGAGGCCUCAUCCCAAGAAUUCAGCGCAGACUUACAUCCAAAGAAAGAAAACAGAUCCGCCACGGAAGUAUAUUUAUAUAUUGCGAAGAAGAAAGCGGAAUCAGAAGAUGGACGGAUGGUAUGUCAUGGACUCCAUCGAGAGUCCAAGGUGUCUUUCUGAUGUACAAGCAACUUCUGAGCGGGAAUCCCAUGAUAAAGAGAACCUAUUCUGCAACAUGUGGAGAUAAGAAUUUCCAUAUAGUGGGAUACAUCCAAGUCUAUUCCUCAAAUGAUGAGCUUCCUCCCGUAUCUGCCCUUUAUAAAGGUGUUGACUUCCCAACUGACAUCAGGAUAAAGAAGAAGCUUAACUUUCAACAGGAAAGAUGCUGCAGAAGAGAAGUCAAGAGCAUUGAGUCUGUAGAACCUAAUGAAGACUUUCAAUUUGAUGUUUAUUGGUAUUAG